AUGACUCGAAAUCCAAACAAGGGCCUUAUUACACAAUUCUAUUAUGAAGAUUUUGGAACUUGUCACUAUAUAUAUCAUCCAACUUUUUCCUUCCUCUCCUCACACUCACCUCUACAAUUUACUCUAUCUGCAAAUUUAGCUUCUCUAUUAAGGUUUUGGUUCGAAAAAAUGGGCAGCAACGACAAGAACAGCUCGACUAACGUAGCCGAAUUCGUGUUGAUUGAAUUUUCAUGUUCGCUCAACUCAGAAGAUAAAAUCGACAUCAUCAAUGCUUUGAAGGAUAAACUUGAUGAUCUUGCUAGUAAGCGUACAAUAGUGCUUGAGAAUUUAUGUCCAAGUUCUGAAUAUGAUGAACUGGAGAAAAAGUUUUUUGAGGAGAGAGCAGCACUUGAAGCUAAGUACCAAAAGUUGUACGAACCUCUCUAUACCAAGAGAUAUGAAAUUGUGAAUGGUGUUGGUGAAGUUGAAGAAAAUACAACUGAAGCAGAAUCUGAAGACAAGGGAGUCCCUGAAUUUUGGCUUACUGUUCUUAAAAACAAUUUAAUACUUGCUGGAGAGAUUACCGAGCACGAUGAGGCAGCCCUCAAAUUCUUGAAAGACAUUAAGUGGUCUAAAGUUGACAAUGGCUUCAAGCUUGAAUUUCAUUUUGACACCAAUAAUCCAUAUUUCAAGAACUCGGUUUUGACAAAAACUUAUGACAUGAGUGAUGAAGCUGAUGAAAUUAUUUUGGAGAAAGCAAUUGGUCGGCCCAUAGUUGUUGAAGAGGAGGACGAAGAUACUGAUGAAGAUGAUGAUGAAGAACUUCAAAAUAUCUUGGAGGAAGAUUAUCACAUUGGGUUAAUCAUAAAAGACAAAAUUAUUCCUCAUGCGGUGUCGUGGUUCACAGGAGAGGCUCCUCAGGACGAGUUUGUUGAGAUAGAUUAUGAUGAUGAACUCGAUGAAGAGGAUGAAGAAGAUGACGAAGAUGCUAAAGAUGAAGAGGAGAUUGAUGGAAAUAAAGAGAAAGAUGAACACAAGACUGAGAAAAAGAAAAGUGGAGAAGUGCUUAGCGGUGAAGGAAAUUAAGGCGAGAGGCUUGUGGAGUGCAAAUUGCAACAAGUAUUUGCUUCAUGGUGUGCGUUAAAAAUAAUUU